AUGGCGUCCUCGCUCCUCGUGGCAGAGGGCGCUGGCGGCCCAGGCAAGGCCGCGGUCUGCCGAUCACCCCCGGGCCUCCCCGACGCCGUCGCCGGCGUGACGAGGUCGCACAGUUGCGCCAAGACGGUCUUCAAAGUCUACAGCUGGGCCGCCAUCUGUCUCCAUCGCUGGUCAGCGUCCUCCGGCACGGGCGGAUCCACCGACGCGGCUACAGCCAGCGUCGUCUCUGAGCAAAGCCACAGGGCCAUAGAGAGUGCGGGUCCCAGUGAUAGCGGGGCUUCAGGGGAGUUGACCUGCCCCAUCUGCCUGGACGCCUUCCGCUUCCCCUGCACGCUGAGCUGCGGCCACUCGUUCUGCCUCAGGUGCGUGUAGGGCGCUUGAGGCCCACAGUGCCGAGUGACCUUCCCUCAGAGGCCCCAGCUGAGCAAGAACUUCACGCUCGCCAACCUGGUGGAGCAGCGCAGUGCCGCAAAUAAUAUGGCCACCGCGGUCUUGUGUGACUUCUGCAACAAUGACACGACCACUGCCUCCAAGACCUGCCUCAAGUGUGAUACCUCCUACUGUGUGACUCAUGUAAAGCCUCAUCAGGAUAACCCGAAGUUCAGGGACCACGUUCUGGUGGAUCCAGGCACGAAUCCUGAGGAGCGCAAAUGCAAGCCACACAAUAAGAAGAUCAAGUAUUACUGCCGACAGGACGAGAGCUUGGUCUGCACAACCUGCAUCAUCACAGGAGAACACAAGGGUCACGAUAUGGCUACGCUGGAGGAUGAGCACAAGACACAGGAGAAACAAGUGGGAGAGGAGAUGCGGGUGGUGGAGGAGAAGAGGAGGGAGGCGGAGGAGUCCAUAAAGCGGAUGGAGGCCGCACUCAGGGACGUGCAGGGAUCGAUGACCGGGGUGAGGCAGCGAAUCAAUGGCGAUUUCGCCCGCUUGAGAGCAGCUCUGGACGAGGACGAGAAGGCGGCUCUGGCUCGUGCGGCCAAGAAGGAGCGCGAGCUGCUGACCCAGAUCGAGAAGAACAUCGCUCACUACCAGCGCGAGAUCGGCGAGCUCCAGGCAGCAGCCACUCGUCUGGAGGGCCUAGCGCAGGAGAGGGACUCGCUCGCCUUCCUGCAGGGGCACCUGGAGGAGACGCGCAGGGCAGGGAGGGUUACUUCAGCUCCACCCUCAGCUCGCAGCCAACAGGACAUUGCCUCACUUCAAGUCCUGGAGACAAAUGCAGUCAAACUCCUGUACGGAUGCUCACCAACUCUGGACACAAACUCAGCUCAUAACCAACUCCAGAUCUCCUCGGAACUCAGGACGAUGAAGUGGACCGGUGUUUCCCAGGGUCGCCUCGAUCAUCCACACCGGUUUGAUGGCUGGUCACAAGCCCUGUGCAUUGAGAGCUUCUCGUCGGGCCACCACUACUGGGAGGUGGACGUGGGGGACGCGAGGUGGUGUCGGGUUGGAGUCGCGUACGGGACGAUCCCACGGAAAGGGGGUGGUGCUGCAUUGCAGCUGGGACGGAACGAUGCAUCCUGGUGUUUAGAGAAACGUGACGACAACUUCUCAGUGUUUCAUGGCGGAGUGGAGACUGCACUGUCGGUGAGGAGGGCCCCCUCCCCCCGCAGAAUCGGGCUUCACCUGCACUGGGAGGGGGGGCUCCUGGAGUUUUACCACGCCGACUCCAUGGAGGUGAUCCACGAGGUUCGGCAGAGAUUCUUGCAGCCUCUCUACCCUGCGAUGUGGGUGGGGUAUUGUAAUGAACCAUUGAAGAUCGUGGAUCUGAGUCGUGCAUCCUGA